AUGGCACAUGAACCAGUCAAAGCCAUGGCAGGCCAAGCCACGCAGCGCUUUCAAGAGAGUAAAGAAGACCGCGUCACCCGGGCCGCUGGACACUUCUCCGAAUUCGAAGCCGACAUGCCUAAACUCGCAAACCGUUUCCAGUUCUCUCUCAAGGACAACCUCUCCUCCUAUCUUGGGCGCAACAACCCAUUCUACUCCGAAGCCAACGAUGACACCGACUACGUCUGGCUUCUCGACAACACGGCCUACCAGAACCGCCUGGGCAGAUGGAAAGCGGAAUUCGUCGCCGCCUACUUUGUCAGACACAGCGGCAAAGACCUGUCUGAAGUCGUGGCUUGGGUCAGCGAGAAGAUCGGCCUGGCAGACGAUGAAGAAGCUAAGAAGACGAUCGCACUGAGACUGGAGCCGUUCCUGGACGCCAUUCUACCUGCACACGCUGUCAACAUUGAGCUUCAGGGUGUGAAAGUCAGACUUGGGCCUAGCGGGCGAGACGGUAUCAGUGCAGACGAACUCGCUAUUCCUGGCUCAGGUUACAAGGAUGGUGAAACAAUCACAUCGAAAGCAGUCGGCGCGACCGCAACGCCCGUCAAGACCACAUUUGCGAAAACCAAAGGAUGGGCAGUACUCAGCGACAUCGAUGACACAAUCAAGAAAACUCUGACCUCGUCACCUGUCGGUAUCUUGAAGACCACCUUCGCAGAAGAACCAGAGCCCAUCAAGGGCAUGCCUGAGCUCUAUAAACACAUCGUUCAAAAGCUCGACAAUCCCCCUUUCUGGUACCUUUCGGCUUCGCCUUACAACCUCUACCCCUUCCUCCGCCAGUUUCGCGAGACCUACUACCCGUCAGGAACCAUGCUAUUGCGUGACGCUUCCUGGAUGAACUUGGCUGGAUUCUUAGCCAACCUUACCCAAGGUACGGAGGCCUACAAAGUCGACCGGAUAGAAAAGGUCCACGAAUGGUUUCCCAAACGCAGAUUCAUCCUGAUCGGCGACUCUACGCAAUCAGAUCCUGAAGCUUAUGGCGAGAUGUACCGCAAGUUCUCCAAAUGGAUAGGUGCCAUUUACAUUCGCAAGGUCACAGGUGUCGCGGAGAUGGAUGAGGGAAAGAAGAACAACCCUGAGCGCUUCGAGGAGGCUUUCAAGGGUGUCCCAAAGGAGGUGUGGUACGUCUUCGAAGACCCUAACGAGCUGUACGCCAAGGUAGACGCCCUGGUGGCUCAGCAUAUGCCAGAACAGUAG